GCUCCCUCUACCUCAGAGGUCUCCCUUCUCCUCACCCACGUCACUCCCUUUCUUGUCCAACUGGUUUUCAGUCUUUCAUUCUUUUUUGACUUCUAAUACAGCUUCUUUGCCGGUCAUUCUUUACGCCGGCAUUGUUUUGCAUACUGUCACAGCAUGCGUUCCACUCUUUAUGCGCUCGCGGCAUGGCCGCUUGCGGCUCAAGCCCUCGAAUUCCUCGACGACAACAAGAACGUCGAGGAGGGCGGCAUUAUGCGAUAUUCCAUUACUGCUUCCAAAGGUGCCCGUUCUAAGCACCUGCACAGGCGCCAGGAUAGCGCCGAAUUGCAAUCCCAGGAGACUGGUUACUUUUACAGCAUUGAACUCGAAAUCGGUACCCCACCGCAGGCAGUGAGCGUCAAUUUCGAUACAGGCUCUUCCGAGCUAUGGGUCAACCCCGAGUGCAGCAAGGCUACCGAUCCAGCCUUUUGCGAGAGCUUUGGCCGAUAUAACGCAUCCAAGACUUUUUACAACACCAAGGCCAAUGGAGGUAUUAAGUACGGCACUGGCUAUGUUGAUUUCGUCUACGGCUACGACUAUGUCCAGCUGGGCUCAUCCAGAAUCAGCCAGCAGCUCUUCGGUGUUGCAACUGACAGUGAAUUUGCCUCUAUUGGUAUCCUCGGUGCCGGUCCUAGCUUGAGUGGCUGGACCAAUUCUUACCCUCUAGUCAUCGACAACUUGGCUAAGCAGGGCUUCAUCAACAGCAGAGCUUUCAGUCUUGAUAUCCGAGGCCUUGACAGCGACCGAGGCUCCGUUAUCUACGGUGGCAUCGACACCAAGAAGUUUUCCGGCCCCCUGGUGAAGCGACCCAUCAUUCCCGCCGCCUCGUCUCCGGAUGGCUAUACUCGUUACUGGAUCUACAUGGAUGGUAUGACCGUUACCAAAGAGGAUGGAUCUGAUGUUGAAAUCUUCAACAAGCCCAACGGCCAGCCGGUGCUUCUCGACAGUGGCUACACUGUCAGCACCCUUCCUGGCUCUCUCUUCAACAAGAUCCUCGCAGCUUUCCCUUCGGCUCACAUCGAGGCUAGCUCUGGCGACUACUUGGUACCCUGCGAUAUCAUUGACACCCCCGGAUCAGUCAACUUCAAGUUUGGCGAUGCCGUUGUCAGUGUUGACUACAAGGAUUUCAUCUGGCAGCAGCCUGACCUGGGCAUCUGCAAGCUUGGCGUUUCUCAGGAUGACGACUUCCCCGUUCUCGGCGAUACUUUCUUGAGGGCUGCUUAUGUCGUCUUUGACUGGGAUAACCAAAACAUCCACGUCGCCAAAAACGAGGACUGCGGUACACACCUGAUUCCUAUCGGCAAGGGUGCUGACUCCGUCCCAUCUGGUCUCAAGGGCGAUUGUGCUGCUGCUGGCCAAACCACUACCUCCGCCGUGCCAACUCUCUCCACCACCUCCGCUGCCAACACCUCUGUGCACGUCUCCACGUCUGCAGCAGCCACCACCACGUCUGAGGCCAUCACCACCACUGCACCGGCUACCAGCGGAUAUAAGCCCACGACCUCCUCUCACCGAUUUGCCAACGGCACUGUUACCUACAGCGUCCCGCAUGGCAGCACCACCGUUAUCUCUGAGAUCAGCUCGGCUGCUGCCACCCAACACGACACCACCACCGCGCCUGCAUACGCUACCACUGCCGCUCCAACUUACACUUCGACUUUCACCACGACAAACGUGUAUACCAUCACUUCUUGCCCACCCAGCGUCACCAACUGCCCUGUUGGCCACGUCACGACCGAGGUUGUUACUGCCUACACGACUUGGUGCCCGGUUGAGGGUUCCAGUCCUACUGCUUUCCCCAGCGUGCCACCGGCUCCCGAGAUCACUGCCACCUUCACGCUGCCCAACACCUACACUUGCAGCCAGGGCAAGGACACUUGCUCCAACCCUCAGACGGCGCCUCAUGUCAUUGUUGUCACCCCAAUCGUCACCCAGACGGCCCCCGUUGCGAUCCCCUCAUGCGCCACCUGUGCUGCUGCUGCGGUCCCCACCCCCUCCGGCAUUGCUUCGACUCCCAUCUUGACCAACGCAGCUUCAUCGGCCACAGCCCCUGUCGUCACCAGCCCGGCUCAAUCCGCCUACUACCCGCCGCCGCCCCAGCACGCUGUUUCUUCUCCGGCUGUCGUUUCUCCAGUCGUCACACCGGGCUCUGGCCCCCUCCCUACCGGUGGCUUGACAACUGUCGUCGCCCCUAGCGGCGCUGCUCCUUCUCAGCCUGCCCAAUCCGGUCUGCCUCCCGUUCCGGCUGGAGCCGCUGGAUUCCGCGCCCCUGCCAUGGUUGCCCUGAUCGCCGGCGCCGUCGCUGCUGUUUUGUUGUAAAUAUAAUGUGAUAUAUGAGAUGAGCGUUGUACAAGUUGGUUAUGUUAGUUCAAAGGAAAAGAGAAGAGCCUCCAGGCACCCUUAGAUGAAGGAGACCAUUCAUGUGCUCAAGUGUAUUGAAGGCAAAGCACAUCCAAAGGCUCCGCUUGUGUACAUCAUUUGACCCAUAAUGCUAUUUUAUUUACCAGUCCCGAGAUAUGGAUAAUAUUUCUUGAACCUGAGGGUCCUCUACAUGGACAGAUGGGAAUGACGCUUGGCUCUAGUUGAUAUUCCCCAUAUCUCAGUUAAUAAUUUAUUCUUUCAACUUUGCUAUGAUACGUCACACCCCAUUACCGUGACUCGAAGGUAUGCUAAAGAAGCCGACAUGAUGGCGUAUGCUUGAGGUGUAUUUUCCACUUUCACUCUGCAGAUUAACC